AUGUUCCUAUUCAGCCUGGUAUUAAUAUCAUCUCUAUGUUCUGCUAAUAUUCAAGAUGUUUGCUAUCCGUCAGUCGUUCGUCAUAGAAUUGAUUCAGUGUUUCCAACAACUCGACUUUUUGCGUUGCUAAACGAAGUGUUGGAGGGUCUGUAUUUUGGAAAUCCCACAGAAAUCCGAUUGUUCAAACUUCCUGCAUCAAUUAUAGAAUCGGGUUUCUGUUCUGGAACUCAAAGUGUAGAAUUGAGGAGAAACGUUUCAUUCACUUGUAAGCCACUGGUUACGUCGGACAUGAUAUCACAGUGUACCGAAAAUUCAUUUCUAAAUGCACUCUCUUUGUUUGGGAAUGGCGAAUUUAUUGAGAGAACAGACAAUAAAUCAAUUCAAAUCCCAAGAUUGAUCCCAGAACAAUUGAGAUCUCCUGUUUGGAAUGGUUCAGCUUGUAAUAGUGUUUUACGAUCAGUCAUCCUACUUUUUCAUACAAAUGAAACAAACAUCAAUGGUGUUGAAGUUUAUGUGGAAUACAGUAAUCUACCUGGAAAUGUGGAUAAUAACUGGUUCGAGCAAGAGUUUUCUGUUCGAUGGGUUCCAGUGAUACGGAAUAACGAAGAAACAAAUUCUUCGGCUCCAGGAAUUGGAUACAAAGCAGGAGAGCAGGUUUUCAGAGUACAGAGUUCUCUGCCAGUUCCAUUCGCAGUUCCAACUCUCGGCAAUUGUUAUUCAGCAGAGGUUUCGCCAUCUUCAGUUCUAUUUCUACGUCCAAUCAUAUCCGUGUGCACGAUUCCAACAACUGAUUGUGAAGAUGCUCGAGCAAAAGCAAGAUCUUUUUAUGAGCAAGUUUAUCCAUCAGAGUUCGUUUCGUCACUUUCAGAAGAUGCGCCGCCAGCUAUCGUAGGAAGAGUCAACGUGACUUGGGAAGAAUUAUCACCCUCUUCUUCAUCUUGUCGUUUACCCGUUUCAUCUCUGUUGCAAGUGUACUACUCAAAACAAGGAUCAACUAAAAACUAUCGCGAAAUCAUUGUAGCAGGGAAUGUUCAGUUGCUUCUAGAUGAUAUUCCGUAUAAACCUGGACAAUCAAUACGAAUGCCAAUAUCAAUAUCCUUCACUGACGUGACAUCUCCUCCGAAAAACGUCUUUGCUGCUUUGCCAUAUAUUGAUAUUCGUCUACCUCACGAUUUCUUCUAUCCAUUUAUCAGCAGCUCAGUUUCCGUCUCUUCCUCACUCUCAUGCCUUACUGUAUUCCUAAUCUGUCUUAUUCUUUUAGGUGUUUAA